UAACCGACUCGGUAAUACUUGUUUCUGUGGCUCCCCAUAACCGCGCGUCUAACCGUAUUUCGCAGACUAUAAUUACUUGUUCCGGCGGCAAGGGUGACCAGCUUCGUGCUAUUAUAGAAUAUAAAGAGGAGAAGGUGUUAUUUACAAGUAUACUCCUGGAGCAGAACAAGAUGCAUGGACCAAAGUCAAGCAAGUUCCGAAGGAUCUUGUCGUCGCGACGUUUGAUGGCUGUUGGCGCAAGACAAUCAAUUGGAAGAAGGCGGGAGUCUUUCCUUUUAUUGGAUCUUGCAACUCUUGCCGUCGUUCCCAAGAGUGUCCGCCCGCUAUCUGAACAGCUUCCCAACGAAUCUCGAAAAUUGUGGGAAGGUGUGACGAGCAAUUUGUUAAAGAAGGAAUAUUCGGAGGCAACACGUAUUAAACACACAAUUGAGCAAAAGCAAAGAGAUAUUGCUGCUGAACGACGAAGGACAAACAAUCCAUUCGUGCCUGUUUAUUUCGAUCCUGAUAUUUCUUCGGGUGCUCCUGUUCUCACCACAGAAGGACGCAAGGUUGUGGAUGAGAUGCUGAAGAGCCCUCAACAGGCGGCUACCACGACAGCUGAAUAG